UUUCCUUGCUUAAAAUCAUUCAGCAAAUCCUCAUGAGUUAAUGAAGUCCAUUCGGAUGAUUCCCUCUAGAUUUGUGUGGUUCAUCCGUUUCCACGACAUCGGAAAUAUCAAUCCAUAUUCCAUAACACGAACCCCUGAUUCUGAAUCAACAUUUAAGUAAACCUUAAUUAACCCGGUAAACCCUCCUGGGUAUAACCUUCGAGUUGGCUUCAGAAUGGGGUCUAUGUCUAGAGUUCUCGUCAAAGAUUGUAACUUGCAUGCAUAUGAUGCUAUCCAAAGAUCAAGCUCUCUGAUUUCUGCGAGGAAGCUUCAAUCAAUUAAUCUGGAUUUUGGACUUGGUGUUGUUGCGCCCCAGAAUGGGAAGAGUUUGGCAAUCCAAUGCAAGGCACGGGGUUCAGUUGUUGCUGUUACAGCGCCUUUCUCAAUCAUUCCAGCUUCAAGGAAGUCCCAUCUUUUGUGCAAGGCUGCAACAAAUGUAACUGGUGAUGUUCCUGGUAGCACUCCAAGUGGGAUGAGCCUGUAUGAGAGAAUAAUUGAAACUUUGACCACUCUUUUCCCUGUGUGGGUUAUUCUUGGAACCAUCAUUGGCAUUUACAAGCCAGCUGCAGUAACUUGGUUAGAAACAGAUCUUUUCACUCUUGGCCUGGGUUUCCUGAUGCUUUCAAUGGGAUUGACAUUGACCUUUGAGGAUUUCAGAAGAUGUUUACGGAAUCCAUGGACUGUAGGUGUAGGAUUUCUUGCUCAGUACUUAAUCAAGCCCAUGUUAGGUUUUGCUAUUGCAAUGACCCUUAAACUCUCUGCUCCUCUUGCAACUGGUCUUAUUUUGGUCUCAUGCUGCCCGGGCGGUCAGGCAUCAAAUGUUGCAACAUAUAUAUCUAAAGGGAAUGUAGCACUUUCUGUUCUAAUGACUACGUGUUCUACUAUUGGAGCCAUAGUUAUGACUCCACUCCUUACAAAGCUUCUUGCUGGUCAGCUUGUUCCUGUUGAUGCUGCUGGCCUGGCUAUCAGUACUUUUCAGGUUGUUUUGGUACCAACCAUUGUUGGAGUGUUGGCCAAUGAAUUCUUUCCCAAGUUCACUUCAAAAAUUGUCACAGUUACACCUUUAAUUGGAGUUAUUCUCACCACGCUACUUUGUGCAAGCCCUAUUGGCCAAGUGUCAGAAGUCUUGAAAACUCAAGGAGCACAACUAAUAUUGCCUGUGGCUAUCUUACAUGGUGCGGCAUUUGCCCUAGGUUAUUGGGUUUCAAGAAUUUCAUUUGGUGAAUCCACUUCUCGUACCAUAUCUAUAGAAUGUGGAAUGCAGAGCUCUGCCCUUGGGUUCUUACUUGCCCAGAAACAUUUUACAAAUCCCCUUGUAGCUGUUCCUUCUGCUGUUAGCGUUGUUUGUAUGGCGCUUGGUGGGAGUGCUCUUGCUGUAUUUUGGAGAAACCGGGCUGUUCCUCUGGAUGACAAGGAUGACUUCAAGGAAUGAGCGGUUUUUUGCCUUCAAUAUAUUUAUGUAUAACCAUCCUGGAAAAUUUUCAUUUGCUUUUGGGUUAUGUGCCUUUAGACAUUGCAUGUUCUUGUAUCGAAGGGAGUAAAAACUUAAAUCCAGGUAGUUUUUUCAAUUUUUUUCUGAAUGAUUAUCAUAUGCAGUUUCAUGUUCUACCUUCUGUUUUUCUUUGUUUGAUUUCAAUGGAAUAGGCAAUAGGGGUUGAAACUCAAAAGCAGAAAUGAGCUAAGCCAAGCCCGGAUAUUACCAUGUGUAUGUUCAAUUGCGCAUUUAUAAAAUGAAAUUUCAAUA